GCUGAGGCCUAGCGAGCACACGAGGCCUCCGGCAGCCCCGGCAGCUCCGCACACGGCUCCGGGCGGGCCAGGGCAGCGGGGGCACACGGCGGGGCCCUGCGCCCGGGAUGCUCCGCCAGCCAGGAGGGGGGAGGCGGCCCCGCUCCGCAGCGCCCGCGGGAGAGGAGAGGAGAGGGAGGGCGAGGAGCCAGCGCCUCCGCUUUGGGAGGGACUCGCAAACUUUGGUACCUGUCGGGAACUUCCCAAAUGCCAGCAACCCCCGGCCGCUCCCAGAGAGGAACUCUACAGGCUUCUCCUCCCCGUCCCAACACCAACUCACGCCACAGGCUUAGAAACAAGCCUGUAGCCGUGCCUGUGGGCAGGAGGGCACGGUGUGCCCGGCUGCAAGCAGGGACUUCUCCUGUUCCCCGCUCCCCAUUCCGAGAGGGGACCCUCCGGCGCGCCCCCCGCCCGUCCCUCCCGGCGGGGCCGCUCCGAGCCCACCGCCCGCCCGGGCCUCGCCGCCUCCCUGCCCGCGCUCCACCUGUCCCGGGGGUCGAUCCAGCUGGUCUGCUUGGUGUUGUGGUCGAUGUAGAAGACCUUGCCAUCGUAAUCCCUCGCCUCCUCCCAGCCAUCGGAAUCAUCAGUGAAGAUACGUGUGCGCCAGGGUGCCCCGGACUGUUGUGGCCUGAAAAGCAAGCAGCUAAAUCGCAUUAAGUAUAGACACCAGGUGUGAGUUACUGAGUGUUUAGCUCUCAUUUGCCACAGGAGAAGAGCACCCCAGGCUGGUUACCAUGGUUCAGCUGAUAGAAGUGAAGCAUCCUGCAAAAAAAGAGAGGAUUAUUUGGAAUGGCCUGAAUAUUUUAUGGCAGUAGCUUUUCUGUCAGCACAAAGAAGUAAGGAUCCAAGCUCUCAGGUUGGUGCCUGCAUUGUAAAUUCAGAAAACAAGAUUGUUGGAAUUGGAUACAAUGGGAUGCCUAAUGGUUGCAGCGAUGAUGUACUACCCUGGACAAGAACAGGAGCAAAUAGACUAGACACAAAAUAUCCUUAUGUGUGCCAUGCUGAAUUGAAUGCCAUCAUGAACAAAAACUCAGCUGAUGUGAAAGGCUGCAGCAUGUAUGUUGCCUUAUUUCCAUGUAAUGAAUGUGCAAAGCUCAUCAUCCAGGCAGGCAUAAAGGAAGUUAUUUUCAUGUCUGACAAGUAUCAUGACACUACAGAAAUGACAGCUGCACGGCGGAUGUUUGAUUUGGCAGGGAAUUCAAGCCAAAGUGUAACAAGAUCAUCAUCGACUUUGAUUCGAUUAACAGCAGACCAAGUCAAAAGCUUCUGUGAAUUAUGUCUCAUUAAGUCUUUAGAAGAGUGUGAUUAUCCUUUUCUAAAAAGCUGCUAAUGCCUUUCAUCUUGAAGUUACUUGCAACUUUUUAAUGGUUUCUGUAGCUAAAGUAGACUUAUAAGAAAUCCAAGGCAUAAAAUGUCCCACUCACUUCAUCUUCUCUUGUGGAAUCUAAAUCUACUUCAAUUUUUUUAUGCCUUUAUCAAAACUGCUUUAAAAAUGGAGACACGUAGGUGAAACAAUAUAAAUAAAGAAAACUGUUCUGAUUCUUCCUGUAUUCAUCACCACAUGCUCUGGUGGGCUGUCAGCAUAGAUUCAGCCUCAGUUUCACAGCAGUACUUGUAACCAGUAGUACGGUGGAAUAUGCUAAUAGAUGUUGAUCUCUCUGUUGGAUAUGUGGGUCUUCACAGCUGAUCCUAAUAAAGAACAAAAACCAUUAUCCAUGCAAAUGCUAAUCUUCCAACUAGCAUAACACUAAUAUUUAAAAGGUUUUACAGCUUUAGGAAUGUGUGCCAUUUUGCUUGUUACCCAACAAAUGAAAUGCUGAUUUUUCUUUUAAUUGCUGUCUAACAUUGCCAUACUUGGGGAAAGUUGAGAGAGGAAGCUGUUCUGAGAAUUGUCCAUGCCUGAGUGAGCUUUACAGGUGAUUUCAAAUCCUUGGUUUCCCCAAGACUCCAGAAUUGAAGGGGCUUGAGGGAGUAAAUAUUUAUUUUGGUGCUUUAUCUCUGGGACUUUUACACUGAGUUUGUUUUCAUAUGUAAAAGAAAAUAAUUUUAUUGGUCUAACCUGUUCCUAGAUAAUCCAACAUAGGUCAGUCUUAAACUCCACCUGUAAGGUACCUGAAUCAUUUUUUGUCCUUUGAGAGAAAUUGGAGAUACUCAACCCAUAUCCAUAUCUGUGCCAAAAGAUGUAAUUGCGGUGUUAGCUUGUUUCCCAGUGCUGACAUAGUACCUCCAUUUUCAUAAAUGUUGCCUAAAAUAAUAUCCUUUUUAAUUUUAUCUGGAGAUCUGGGAAUAGAUUUGAGUUCAUUUUCUCUAAUUUGAUUUUUAAAAAUUAAGCAUGCCUAAUGGCUUUGUUUAGAUAACAUUGGUGGUUGUUGGUUUUGUUAUUUUUGGUUUUGGUUUUUUUUUCUUUUUAAUGUGGUUAUACUUCAAUGAGCUUUUAUUUUCUCUACAAAAGCUUUGUUUCAUAUUUUGGGACAUUAUGUAAUUUGGCUUCAUACCAGUAUUAUUAAAGUCUUAUUAAAAUCCA